AUGACCAAUUUCCGAGACGUGAAAAUGAGCCUUGACAACCUGGCCGUCGAAAAUAACCCGAACAGCGGCGUUGUUAUAGUCGGUGGUGGACCUGUUGGGUUGAUUCUCGCCCUGACACUGGCACAUCACGGGCUGCGCAGUGUUCUGUUUGAGAAAAAUGUCACCACUACGCAGUCAGGUUUCCCUACCGGAAAUACACCCUCGGAAGAGUCGACUGACACUUCUACCAGGUUUCCGAAAAUGGACUUGACGCUAGCACGAACAAUGGAGAUUCUGCGCACAUUGGGUCUGGCUGAUGGACUACGUGCCCGAGGUGUGGCCCCUGAAUACCCUUUUACUGUGCGCUUUUCUAGUGGCCUUGGGGCAGAACAUCCUCUCUCGGAGUGGAGGCUCCCCAGUGCGGACCAAUUCCAUCAGCGCAUCCUGUCCCAGAAUGAUGGGACUAUGUCUCUUGAGCCCUGGCUGCGGGUGUCGGGAGAUGUUUUUGAGACAUUCCUGAAGGAACGGUGUGAACAAAGUCCUCUGGUCAAUGUACGCUUUGGAUGGGCAGUGACACAUAUCAUCGAGGGUGAUACCGGAGUAGAAAUUCGGGUCCGAAGUCCUCACACGGGUGGCGAGGAAGUAAUCCACAGCCAGCACAGCACCGUGGUGUUGAUCCAUUUCAGGUCCCGGGACCUGGCCGGUCUUCAUCGCCAGGGACAAUUCUGGCAUACCUUCUUUCCCAGUGAUCCAUCUAUCAACGGAGACUCGGUAGGCGGCGCCAUCAUCUCCCAGAAUGAAGUUGAUACGUGGACAGUCCAUGACUUCCGUGCCCCGGGAUCGAAGCCAAGUACCAGCUCCGCCCAGGAAACGAUCUAUCGCAUCCUCGGAGGAAUGGGGGAUCCAUACCCGAUUAUCAUCGACGAAAUUAUCUUGCAGUCAACCUACACGCCCAGCAUCGCAAUCGCCAAGCGUUACGCCGGGCCUCUGCACCGCGUCUUCCUGGCAGGUGACGCGUGUCAUCAGACCAUCCCAUCCGGCGGGUAUGGCAUGAACAUGGGCAUCGCUGAUGCAUUUGACUUGGGCUGGAAACUAGCAGGGACGAUCCAGGGCUGGGGAGGCCCACAGCUGCUGGCGUCUUAUGAACAGGAACGACGUCCAGUUGCCGAGCUCAUGCAACACUGGGGCAAAAUACAUGCAGGGAAACUGAUGGGCUUGGCAUCUGAAGUGAAACUGGACGCUACCAUCAUCGAUGCGCCAGAUGCACGCGGACAGCAACUGCGACAAAAGAUCCAUGAGUAUGUGCAGGGGAAUGAUGCGCAAAAUCAGAGUUUCGGGGUGGAAUACGGCCAUCAGUAUCAAUCGGACAUUAUAGCGAAGAGUUCGUUCAGCCAUCCGCCACCCUUUGACUCCCGCUCAUAUCCCCCAACUACCCAUCCGGGCUUUCGUGCUCCUCAUGUGUUCCUCACCAACGGCUCCGCGAUAUUUGACAAAUACGGAAAAGAUUUGACCCUGGUGGAGUUUGUCGAUGGACUGCCAGGAUCGUCUUCUAGCGGGUCAACUUUAUUCAGGGAUGCUGCUGGUGAACAUCAAAUCCCCCUUCAUCUCAUGUCCCUUGCCGGAGAGUCUCACGCCCACGAGAUCUGGGGGGCGCAGCUGGUGCUGGUACGACCAGAUGGCUUUGUGUCGUGGCAUGGAAAUGAGAUUGCUAGCAAAGAGGAAGCUAGGUUGAUUUUGUUGCAAGCAACAGGCCAUGUUGACCCGUUUUCCAGUGUUGCAGAAUCAGGAGUUGCCUCUUGCCUCCAAGGAUAG